AUGAAAAACACAAGCUCUCGUUAUUUCAAUCGCUACUGCUAUCGCUACACUACGGGUGCGAUGCCGAUGCAUGUUGUCCACGUCCCAUGUCUACUCCCACACAUUGCAUCGCACCUGCCUUGCAAGUUGCCGCGCCUGGCCUUGCCAUUUUCCUCUUGGACGCACCAGCACAGCACAUUUACUUCAGGUCCCAUUUCCGUCCAUGUUCGCCCACCCCAAGCAGUUACCUCCAGGUUCCCUCUCUUUCCUCCCACGUUGCCGGCCAUCUCCAUCUCUUCUAAGGUAGGUACUCGCUUUUCCCCGUUCAUUCGGUUCUUUCCCUUCUGCGUCCACUUCCAUGUCCGUCCACCCGGCCCGCCGUUCAGUUCCUAUCCACACCACAACCGACCUGCACCUUCCCUUUCCCUUCCCUCACCUUUAUCCACACUUCCCACUUCACAUCGUUUCCUCCCCCCAAACCCCAGCUUCCCUCCUACAUCUCAUUCUCAUGACUCGGAUCCUCUCCUAAUCCGGUCAUCAAAAGGUACCAAACGCCUCCCCCAAACCCCAGCUUCUUUGCUUGUCGCCGCUAGGUACCCCGUUGAUCAUACUCUCCCUCGCAACCGAUCUCUGUCUGAUGCGCUUUAUCCAGAUCUGUCAUGCGACAAUAUCCAUAGCCCGCCCGUCUACAUCCGCUCGAAUGAUCUCUCACGGAAUCCGCCGUCUACCCGAAUACCUGUGACUGCGACAGAACCGAAAACCGUCGAUCGUCUAUCUGCAAUCCCUAUCUGCAGUAUGGUGUCUGCACCUACAGCCGGCGGCACCGCUGCCAACGGCACGGGAAGCGGGAAUGCGAGCUCGCGAGGCUCUCCAGCCGUCGGCUCGAACACAGCCUCGGCCAAAUCCAAGGCCGCCCAGGUCAACUCCAACGGCUACCACCCGACGAACCCUCAGGUUCCUCUCAGCUCGAUGCGAAGCACUCCUCUAGAACUCACCUCAGUCGAACGACGGGGCCAACCGACAGCGAUCAAGGAGCCGGUCAAGAAGAAGUCCCGCCCUCAUGGCCUUGAGGAUGCGCCCACAUACUGCCCGACGGAGGAGGAGUGGAAGGACCCGAUGGAGUACAUCAAGAAAAUCUCCCCGGAAGCUAGGAACUACGGAUUGUGCAAGAUCAUUCCGCCCGACUCUUGGAACCCGGACUUUGCAAUUGAUACAGAGGUUCGUCUUCAUUUUUCGCACCCGAGAGGGCCUGCUCAGAUGCUGUUGCGAUGCCUGAGAUUCCAUUUCAGAACCCGUAAACAGGAGUUGAACUCGGUCGAAGGAAGCACCCGGGCAAACAUUUCGUACUUGGACGCGUUGGCCAAGUUCCACAAGCAGCAGGGCAGUAACCUGCAUCGUCUUCCGUAUGUGGACAAGAAGCCUCUCGACUUGUACCGUCUGAAGAAGGCCGUUGAGGCUCGUGGCGGCUUUGACAAGGUCUGCAAACUGAAGAAGUGGGCCGAGAUCGGUCGUGACUUGGGAUACAGCGGCAAGAUAAUGUCCUCACUGUCCACCUCAUUGAAGAACUCAUACCAGCGAUGGCUUUGCCCAUACGAGGAGUAUUUGAGGCUCGCCAAGCCCGGAGUGCACCAGCAACUCGAGUACGAGAAUGGAGGACCCUACACCCCAAGCCCAGCGGUCACUCCGAUGAAACGAUCCAACGUCAAUACUCCAUCGAGCGCCCGAGGCGACUCGCCGGCCCGCCACGCGUCAGAUGCCCUGCAAGCAAGCAUCAAUGGCCUCAAAAAGGAGGCUGACCGAGAUACUCCUAUGGCCGAUGCACCCCCGACACCCGCGCCCGCGCCCGCCCCUGUCACCUCGGGCUUCAAGGCCAUCAACACGGGUGGCUUUACUGCGGUAAAUUCCGGCUUCAAGAGUGUCAAUCGACCUGCUCCUCAGGCUCAACAGGAUGAGGUGGCUAGUACUCCGCCCCCGAAAUCGUUCAGUCCAGCCAAUUCGGCAAAGAACACGCCCGACUAUCGGCCUUCAAAUCUCGGUCCAGCCGCUCUCAAACGGCAAAUCAGUUGUGAAAGCCUCGAUCUUGCAAAGAAGGAUUCUGGAACAGACAAGGACGACGGAGACGGUGGAAAUAGCAGACGGAGUAAGCGUCUGAAGAAAGUACCGGCCAGCACCAUCGUUCCAUGUUGGUGGCUGCGUUGCCAGCUGUACUUGACCAUCACGGCGGGCUCCGCAUGCAGCGAUGAACCACAUGCAUGGAAUUUACAAGGAUUCCAUUGGCUUCAAAGACUCUUUUCCCCAAUUGAGCGAGGCAACCAUACUGUGCCUACCGUGGCAGGAUCUCACAUGUCUCUGUUCCGUCCUUCCGUGCCCAGAAUUCCCCGAGAUGAGGCCUUGGCUCCUGGCGAGAAAUGUGAGCAGUGUGGCAAGGCGGAAGAAGCCGGUGCCCUAAUCGUCUGCGAGUCCUGUGACCACGCAUACCAUGGGACCUGUCUCGAUCCUCCCCCUAAGCACAAGCCCGACUCCGAAUGGAACUGCCCGAGAUGUCUGGUCGGUGACGGACAGUACGGAUUCGAGGAGGGCGGCUUGUAUUCCUUGAAACAAUUCCAGCAGAAGGCGGCCGAUUUCAAGCAGGGCUAUUUUGAGAAGAAGAUGCCCUUCGACCCCGUUCUCAACUGCCAUCGCCCAGUCACGGAGGAAGACGUCGAGACUGAGUUCUGGCGUCUCGUUGCCGACAUUGAGGAGACUGUGGAGGUCGAGUAUGGUGCCGACAUUCAUUGCACAACUCACGGCUCCGGCUUUCCAACCGUCGAGAGACAUCCCAACAAUCCUUAUUCGACCGACCCCUGGAAUCUCAACCUGCUCCCUCUCCACCCUGAAAGUCUGUUCAGGCACAUCAAGUCAGACAUCUCUGGCAUGACCGUGCCGUGGGUGUACGUCGGCAUGAUCUUCUCGACUUUCUGCUGGCACAACGAAGACCACUAUGCCUACUCUGCCAACUACCAGCACUUUGGCGCAACCAAGACUUGGUAUGGUAUUCCGGGUGAGGACGCCGAGAAGUUCGAGGCCGCGAUGCGUGAAGCCGUUCCUGAGCUCUUCGAGACUCAGCCUGACCUUUUGUUCCAACUGGUCACCCUUUUGACCCCGGAGCAGCUGAAAAAGGCUGGCGUCAGGGUUUAUGCACUCGAUCAGCGCGCGGGUCAGUUUGUUAUCACCUUCCCCCAGGCUUACCACGCCGGCUUCAACCAUGGUUUCAACUUUAACGAGGCUGUCAACUUUGCCCCUUGUGACUGGGAACCCUUCGGGCUGGGCGGUGUGGAGAGACUGCAAGUAUUCAGGAGACAGCCAUGUUUCUCGCACGACGAGUUGUUGUGGACCGCCGCCGAAGGUACGACAAACAGCGGCUUGACGAUCCAGACGGCAAAAUGGCUUGCGCCCGCUCUCGAACGCAUCAAGAAACGAGAGUUCGCGCACCGGACCGAGUUCGUGGCAAAGCACCUCGAGCCACAGCUGCACGAUUGUGCGUUGGCUGGCAAAGAAGACACCUCCUGCCCUCUGAAAUUUGAAAUUGACGAUACGGACGUGCCCGAAGAGGAGUAUCAAUGCUCGUAUUGCAAAGCCUUUACGUACCUCUCUAGAUUCAAGUGCCUCAAGUCCGGCAAAAUUCUUUGCCUGGCACACGCGGGUUAUCAGCCAUGCUGCGAGUCAACCGAGCACCAGCGCUUCCACGGCGAAGGACAUGCUGUCAUCUACAGACAGUCCGAGGAGGACAUUGAAGCAACAUACGGCAAGGUUCUCGAAAAGGCGCGUACGCCAGAGGCCUGGGAAGAGAAGUACGACAAGCUUCUGGAAGAAGAGGCCACGCCUUCUCUUAAGACUCUUCGGAAUCUCCUACACGAGGGUGAGAAAAUACCCCAUGACCUACCCUCGCUCCCUUUGCUUCGGGAAUUUGUCGAUCGGUGCAACGAGUGGGUGGAGGAGGCCACCAACUACACGAUCCGGAAGCAGCAAAACAGGCGCAAGAGCGAAAAGUCCAUUCACAACCGAAAGAGCUCGCUGGACCAAAAGGAACGCGAUGCGCGCAAUGUUUCCAACGUGUACCGUCUUAUCAAUGAGGCGGAGCAAAUAGGAUUUGACUGCCCUGAGAUCACCCAGCUGAGGGAGCGGGUCGAGGCCAUCGAGGCCUUCCGAAAGAAUGCCGCUAAAGCGCUGGAACAGAUCCACCUCGCCGAGCUCUCCGAAAUCGAAGACCUACUUGAGGAGGGCCGGACUUUCAAUGUCGACACGCCAGAAGUCGACCGACUCUCGCGAGUCCUUGAACAACUCAAGUGGGGCGAGAAGGCUCGUAACAACCGAAACAGCCUCAUGUCACUCAACGAGGUGCGCGAGCUCAUCGACGAAGGAAAGAGAUUGGACAUUGCUCCAUACAACGAUCAUCUCGUCUACUACAUUGAACAGAUGACUGCUGGUCAACAAUGGGAGAAGAAGGCUAGAGAGUUGAUUAUCGCAGAGGUCAUCCAUUACCCACAGCUGGAGGCCUUAUCGGUGCAGGUCCAGGCCAAUUUCCUACCGGUCACUGCGGAAACCCUGAAUGCUGUCGACCAGAUUCUUUACAAGCAGAGGGAGGCACACCGUCAGAUCAUGGACUUGACUGAAAGAUCACGAGACCGGGACAUCCGCAAUCGACCCAAGUACGCAGAGGUGGCUGAGAUCAUGCGCCGACUCGACGAGCUGAAUUCGAAACCCAAUGGGACUUUGGACCUCGAGCGGGAGCAGAAACGUCACGAGGACUGGAUGCGAGAGGGUAAGAAGCUGUUUGGCAAAACCAACGCACCGCUCCAUAUUCUCAAGAGCCACAUGGACUACGUGUUGGAACGCAAUCAAGACUGCUUUGACAUUGUCAAUGACAAGCCUCGCAUGCCUGCUGAACCUGCAUCGAGGGAAGCCAGUCCCGACCAAAAGGUGCACCGUUGGGAGGACCCUCGGUUCCGCGAGGUAUUUUGCAUUUGCCGAAAGGUGGAGGCUGGCAUGAUGAUUGAGUGCGAGCUCUGUCAUGAAUGGUACCACGGCAAAUGUCUGAAGAUUGCUCGCGGCAAGGUCAAGGACGAAGACAAGUACACGUGCCCCAUUUGCGAUUGGCGGGUUAAGAUUCCGCGAGAUGCGGCGCGACCCAAGAUCGAAGAGCUCAUUGCUUGGUCUGAUAAGAUUCCCAGCCUCCCAUUCCAGCCCGAGGAGGAGGAGGUCCUUACCAAGAUCAUCGACAAUGCUCAGGACUUCAGAAACCACAUCACCGGCUACUGCAAUCCUGUGGUCUCCACUGAGUCUGAGGCGGACACCCAGCGCUUUUACUUGCGGAAGAUUGAAGGCGCUGAAAUCUUGCUUGCCUACGAGACCAACUUCUUCAGGCAAGAGUUGCACAAGUGGUGCCCUGUUGCACCAAACGCACCACCGGUUCUUGAGGUCUCCAAGAGUACUCGGAAGCCGCGACCGACCAAGCUUCAAAAGCUUUUGGCGCAGUUUGGGGUGGACGAUGCAGAGGACCUCCCGGAGAACAUGAAGGCCAAGGCUGCCAGCUUGAAGCGGAAGGCUCAGAAUGCCGAAGCCGCCGCUGCCGCCGCUGCAGCAGCGGCUGCCACUUCUGCGUCUGGCGCAACUGUGCUGCCACCUGGCCUUCAACAUGGCCACAGUCGGAAGUCGGAACAAUCGUCUGCAACGCCUCCUUCUACCUCCCACGGCAAUGUGGGCCGUCAAUCCAUUGGAAGCAAUCAUGAUCCCAUGGACAUUGACAGUGCUCCGACACUUCACCCAGGCCUCUUCAUGUCUAAUGGUGCACCGGGCCCCCAGCUUGUCGGCGGCAACUCUUCGAUGUCUCUUGAAGAACGCCUCCUCCAGGGUCAAGAAGAUGGGCUUAACCUGCACACCGAGGCUGGAAGGAACCACGCCCUUGACAUACUGCGUCGGACAGAAGUUGGCCGUAAGAGGGCAGUAGAGAUGUUCGGUCUCGACGUGUUCAAAGGGGACGUUGGCAUGCUCAACGGCAGGGAUGUUGCGCCCCAUUCACAAGAAGAUGAGCGAGUUGUGAACAAGAUGUUUGAUGACCUUACAAACCAAGAUGAUGACGAAGUCAAGAGGAAGCAGGAGACCUUUGAUGGCCCCAUCACAGCGGAGAGCCUUGAAAGACUUCUGGCCUGCUCCACCCUGCUUCAGCUUCUGAACUCUUCAUUGGCGACAAAGGCCAUUGAAACCAAAGGCUUGGAGUUUUAUUUCUUAUGUCUUGGCGUUUGUGGACAAGCUCUUGGAGCCCCUGUGAAGGAGGGGAAAGUAUCGAAUGGGUGGACUGUAUAA